ACGCCGUCGCCGCCCGCCUCCCUCUCCCGCCCGCCUCCCAGCUGCGGGGUGACACGGGGCUUCGGGUUGGUUAGGGGGCGAGGCAAAGUUAGACGUCGGCCCGGGGCGGCGGCGCAGUCCCCAGCGCGAGCGCGGUUUAUUAAAGGACCAGCUACCCCUGAUGAAGAUAAGUUGGAGUCACUGCUGAAACGGAAUUUUCAUGACCAGAAGACAGUCCAUGGAUUGCACUCCUUUUUGUUUUCCCUGCUGCUCUGAGCUUGACUGUAACAGCUGAAAAACUUGGAAAAUAAAAUGAACAUGCUGUGGUCUUGAACAUAAUUUUUUUUUUUUUUUUGAGGAAAAAUUAAAAGUGCCAGAGUGAAAGCCAGAAUGGCAUCCAGAGAGAGGCUCUUUGAACUUUGGAUGCUUUAUUGUACAAAGAAAGAUCCAGAUUACCUGAAGCUAUGGUUGGACAAUUUUGUUUCUAGCUAUGAACAAUUCUUAGAUGUUGACUUUGAGAAGCUGCCUACCAGGGUAGAUGAUGUGCCUCCAGGAAUAUCUCUGCUUCCUGACAAUAUUCUGCAGGUUCUGAGGAUCCAGCUACUACACUGUGUUCAGAAAAUGGCAGAUGGGUUAGAGGAACAACAGCAAGCUUUAUCAAUUUUGCUUGUCAAAUUCUUCAUUAUUCUUUGCAGAAAUCUAUCUAAUGUGGAAGAAAUUGGGACUUGUUCUUACAUAAAUCAUGUCAUCACUAUGACAACACUUUAUAUCCAGCAAUUAAAAAGCAAUAAAAAAGAGAAGGAAUUGGCAGAUCAGACAUCUAUUGAAGAAUUUGUAAUCCAUGCAUUGGCAUUUUGUGAAAGUUUAUAUGAUCCAUAUCGGAAUUGGAGACAUAGAAUUUCAGGACGAAUCCUUAGUACAGUGGAAAAGAGCAGACAGAAAUAUAAGCCAGCUUCUCUCACUGUGGAGUUCGUCCCCUUCUUUUACCAGUGUUUUCAAGAAAGUGAACAUCUCAAGGAAAGCCUUAAGUGUUGCUUAUUGCAUCUCUUUGGAGCCAUUAUAGCUGGUGGGCAGAAGAAUGCUUUGCAAGCGAUUUCUCCAGCCACCAUGGAAGUUCUUAUGAGAGUUUUGGCAGAUUGUGAUUCCUGGGAGGACGGAAAUCCUGAAGAGGUGGGUAGGAAGGUAGAACUGACUCUGAAGUGCCUUACAGAAGUGGUACAUAUCCUUCUCACGAGCAGCUCUGACCAGCGUCAAGUGGAAACCAGCACUAUUCUGGAGAACUAUUUCAAAUUGCUGAAUUCAGAUCAUUCAGCUUUACCUAAUCAAAGGAGGUCCAGAGAGUGGGAAAGCCGGUUCAUAGCUUUACAGAUAAAAAUGUUGAAUACCAUCACAGCCAUGUUAGAUUGUACAGAUAGGCCUGUUCUUCAAGCCAUUUUUCUUAACAGUAACUGCUUUGAACAUCUCAUACGACUGCUACAGAAUUGCAAGCUGUUUUUAAAUGCUAACAAUAAGGUGGCAGACAAGAACGAGAAAGACCUGGCCAACAAAUUACUGACAGAAAUAAAUGAGGACCAGGCAUUUCAGGGACAGUUGGAUUGUUUGGCUGUAUCAACCAUUCAGGCUUUGACAGCAGUAAUGAACAAAUCUCCAGCUGCUAAGGAAGUAUUUAAAGAAAGAAUUGGUUAUGCACAUAUGUUUGAAGUAUUAAAGUCCCUGGGUCAGCCAUCACUGGAACUACUUAAAGAACUUAUGAAUAUGGCUGUAGAGGGUGACCACACUUCAGUUGGGAUUUUGGGCAUUAGUAAUGUCCAGCCUCUCUUGCUUCUUAUCCAGUGGCUUCCUGAGCUAGAAUCCCAAGACCUGCAGAUCUUCAUCUCUGAUUGGCUGAAAAGAAUUUGUUGUAUUAAUAGGCAGAGUCGAACUACGUGUGUCAAUUCAAACAUGGGAAUUAGAAUCAUUGAAACCCUUGAUUCCCAUUCUUCCCUUCAUCGAACUUGUGCUGAGAACCUGAUUGCUCUCCAUGGUUCCUUGGGGAGUCAGUCAGUGAGCUCAGAAGAAAUCCGUCGACUACUAAGAUUGCUGAGAGUGGAUGAAUCUGAGUAUAUACACCCUUAUACUACUCCUGUGACUCGAGCAAUCCUGACAAUGGCCCGAAAACAAAGUCUAGAGAGUGCACUGCAGUAUUUCAAUUUGUCACAUAGUAUGGCAGGAAUUUCUGUGCCUUCCAUACAGAAAUGGCCAGGGUCUGCCUUUUCCUUCAAUGCUUGGUUUUGCUUAGAUCAGGAUCAGUUGACUCUUGGCAAUGCUAACAAAGGAGGAAAAAGAAAACAGUUGUACAGCUUUUUUACAGGAAGUGGCAUGGGCUUUGAAGCCUUUAUUACCCAUUCAGGUAUGUUGGUUGUGGCCGUGUGCACGAAAAGAGAAUAUGCGACCGUUAUGCUUCCUGAUCACAGUUUCUGUGAUUCUCUCUGGCACAACAUAACCAUUGUUCACAUGCCUGGAAAAAGGCCCUUUGGUCAGAGCCUUGUCUAUAUCUACGAUAAUGGACAGCAGAAGGUCUCUGCCCCUCUCAGAUUUCCUGCUAUGAAUGAACCUUUUAUUUCUUGCUGCAUUGGUUCAGCUGGGCAAAGAACCACCACUCCUCCACCAUCCCAAAUCCCAGAUCCACCUUUUUCUUCUCCCAUUACCCCUCAUCGGACAUCAUUUGGUGGAAUUCUGUCAUCAGCCUCCUGGGGAGGAACAAUUGAAAAAUCAAAAUUGAUGACCAAAUUGAUAUCUGCGGGAACCCAGGACAGUGAAUGGGGAUGCCCCACAUCUCUGGAGGGUCAGCUAGGGUCUGUUAUCAUCUUCUAUGAAGCAAUACAGCCUCCUCAGGUGAAGGCAUUAUAUUUAGCAGGUCCAAACUGUUUAAGCCCUUGGAAGUUUCAAGAGUCUGACAUGGUGGACCUGCCCGGUAAUGUCCUCCUUCACUACACUGCAAAGGCCUGCAAAAAUUCAAUCUGUCUUGAUUUAUCUACUAAUUGUUUGCAUGGAAGGUUAACAGGAAACAAAGUAGUAAACUGGGACAUUAAGGACAUCAUAAACUGCAUAGGUGGAAUAAAUGUACUCUUUCCUCUGUUGGAACAAAUUAGCCACUUCAGUGAAGGACAGAUUCCCGAAGGAAUAAAUGAAAUAACAGUUUCUGAAUUGAUAACACCUGUAGAAGGAGAUUGGGUGAUACCGACCUCCACAAAGACAUCAGAGUCAAGACUAGAGAGGAGUUUAGUUGCAACAUUUAUCUUGAUUGUGAAACACUUGAUUCAAAGACAUCCUAUUAACCAGGACAAUCUUAUUCACUCCCAUGGAGUUGCUACUCUUGGUGCCUUACUUCAGAAGGUGCCAAGCACUUUGAUGGAUGUUAAUGUAUUGAUGGCAAUUCAAUUACUAAUUGAACAAGUAUCAUUAGAGAAAAAUAUGCAGCUCCUGCAACAAAUGUAUCAGUAUUUACUUUUUGACUUUCAUAUUUGGAACCGUGGAGAUUUUCCCUUUAGAAUUGGUCAUAUACAGUAUCUUUCCACCAUCAUCAAAGACAGCAGGAGAGUUUUCAGAAAGAAGUAUGGUGUGCAGUUUCUCCUAGAUACCCUUAGGAUUUAUUAUGGAAGUGAUUGUAAAUAUAGUGAGCUGUCUCUAGAUGAUAUUCGGACAAUAAGGACUUCUUUGUAUGGACUAAUUAAAUAUUUUCUGUGCAAAGGUGGAACUCAUGAAGAGAUACAAAGUAUUAUGGGUUACAUAGCUGCUAUUAAUGAAGAAGAACAGCUCUUUGGAAUUUUGGAUAUACUCUGUAGUCUCCUGCGUACCAGCCCAACAAAAGGUCAGCUUUUUUUACUGCUGUUUGAACCAGGAAAUGCUGACAUUCUUUAUGCCUUGCUCUUAAAUCAGAAGUACUCUGACAGACUAAGAGAAAUCAUUUUUAAGGUUAUGGAACAAAUGUUGAAAUGUACAAAUGUUUAUGAACGAAGUAAACAACGUAUUCGACUCAGAGAAGUUGGCUAUUCAGGAUUGGGACUCCUUCUAAAUGAAACACCUGUUAAUACUUCUCUCAUUAAAAACCUCAUCAAUCAAAUCAUAAAUACAGAUCCUGCUAUUAAUUUCAAAGAUCUGUUAUCUGUGAUAUAUAUAUCUCACAGAACAUACAUAAAUGUCAGGGUGGUCAUCUGCAGAAAGAUUUUACAAAUUUUACAGUCCCAGCCAGAUGCAGCACAUCAAAUUUCUCAACAAGUGGGUUGGCAAGACACUUUAGUUAGGCUUUUUGUUAAAGCAAAUUUUGAAAAUGGAAAUACUUUUCAUAAGCACAAUAGGGCUGUUUUAAUGAAAGACAAUGAUAAAAAUAUAUCAGCUGUAGAUAUCAAGAGGAACUUUGAUGAAAAGACAGACGAUGAAAAAAUCAACUCUUUUGCCUCAGCUAAUGUGUCUUCUGAUCAAUGGAGUUUGGAGGAUAGACAUUCUCUAGAUUCAAACACACCAUUAUUUCAAGAAGAUAGCUCUGUGGGAGAACUGUCUUUCAAAUCAGAGAAUCAGGAAGAAUUCUGGCACAGUAACCCUUCGCAUUUGAGUUUAGAUCUUAGUGGAAUUGACUCAUGUGAACUGAGUGAUAGUGGCAGUCAAAUGCCAGAUAGCUUGCCUAGCACGCCAUCCCCAAUAGAGUGUACUAAAUCAUUUUCUGUGCAAUCUGACAAAGAAAGCAGCAUCACAAAUGAUACGGGCUUCAGUGAUGACUUCUCUUUACUUGAAAGCCAAGAGAGAUGUGAGGAGGAGCUUCUUCAAUUACUGACAGAUAUUUUGAUCUAUGUAAUGUGUAAAGGACUAGAAAAGUCUGAUGAUGAUACUUGGAUUGAACGGGGACAAGUGUUUUCGGCACUAACUAAAUCAGUAAUAUCCAGUGAGCUACUUCGACCAUCAGAUGAAAUAAAACUAAUUUUGCUGCAGAAGAUGUUAGAAUGGGCAGUCACAGAAAACAGAGAAGCAAAAACUAAUCCAGUUACUGCUGAAAAUGCCUUCCGACUCAUGCUGAUCAUACAGGACUUUCUGCAGUCAGAGGAACUAGUUAAUUCAAACACAUGGACUGAGAAGCUUUUAGAGGAUAUGAUGCUGCUCUUCGACUGUCUGUCAGUGUGGUAUUCUGAAAGUCCAUUAUGGGUAAAACUCUCUCAAAUUCAAAUCCAGUUGCUUCUAGGAUUUAUUGGAAGGGGUAAUUUGCAGGUUUGUGCAAUGGCAUCAGCUAAGCUAAACACUCUUCUGCAGACCAAAGUGAUUGAAAGUCAGGAUGAAGCAUGCUAUAUUUUAGGGAAGCUAGAACAUGUUCUAAGCCAAUCAAUCAAGGAACAAACAGAAAUCUACUCAUUUCUGAUUCCCCUCAUCCGUACUCUGGUUUCCAAAAUUUAUGAGCUUCUCUUCAUGAACUUGCACCUGCCUACCUUACCUUUCACCAAUGGUAGUUCCUCAUUUUUUGAAGAUUUUCAAGAAUAUUGCAGUUCAAGUGAAUGGCAAGUUUACAUUGAAAAAUAUAUUAUACCUUAUAUGAAGCAGUAUGAAACCCAUACAUUUUAUGAUGGUCAUGAGAACAUGGCACUUUAUUGGAAGGAUUGUUAUGAAGCCUUAAUGGUGAAUAUGCAUAAAAGAGACCGGGAAGGAGGAGAAAGCAAGCUCAAGUUUCAGGAAUUUUUUGUGGAGCCAUUUAAUCGAAAAGCACGCCAAGAGAACUUGAGGUAUAAUAAUAUGCUUAAACAACUUAACACUCAACAAUUAGCCACUCUGAGACGCUGGAAGGCAAUACAGAUCUAUCUUACAUGUGAAAGAGGACCUUGGGCUGAAAGAAAACAAAAUCCAAUUCACUGGAAACUAGCUAAUGUAGAAAAUUAUUCCCGUAUGAGACUUAAGUUGGUGCCGAAUUAUAAUUUCAAAACCCACGAUGAAGCUAGUGCUUUGAGAGAUAAUCUAGGUGUCCAACCCUCACAGCCUUCCAGUGAUUCAUUGCUUUUGGAAGUAGUGAAACAAGUAAAAGUUAGUGAUAUGGAGGAAGAUAAGUUAGAUCUUUCUGAAGAAGAAAUAACAGCCAGAGUAAAUAUUGAUGAGAAUAAAGAACAGGAUCAAAAAGAAAAGUUGGUGUUCUCAGUAGACUGUGAACUCAUUACAAUAAUUGACGUAAUUCCUGGCAGAUUAGAAAUCACUACUCAACACAUUUACUUCUAUGAUGGCAGCAUUGAAAAAGAAGAUGGGGUAGGCUUUGAUUUCAAGUGGCCUCAUUCUCAAGUUCGAGAGAUUUACCUGCGGCGUUACAACUUAAGGAGGUCAGCCAUUGAGAUUUUUCAUGUUGACCAAUCCAACUACUUUCUCAACUUCAAAAAAGAGGUCAGAAACAAAGUAUAUAGCAGACUGUUGUCAUUUCAUUCUCCAAAUAGUUAUGGAACUAGAUCACCACAGGAGUUAUUCAGAGCAUCAGGAUUGACACAGAAAUGGGUGAAUAGAGAGAUAUCAAAUUUUGACUACCUUAUUCAAAUAAAUACAAUGGCAGGGCGAACCUAUAAUGACCUUGCACAGUAUCCUGUGUUCCCCUGGAUUUUACAAGAUUAUACUUCAGAAGAGUUGGAUUUUAAUAACCCAUCUGUAUUUCGAGAUCUUUCCAAACCAAUUGGGGUAGUUAAUGAUAAAAAUGCCAAAGUCAUGCGAGAAAAAUAUGAAAAUUUUGAGGAUCCUAUGGGAACUAUUGAUAAAUUUCAUUAUGGUACUCACUAUUCAAAUUCUGCUGGGGUUAUGCACUAUCUUAUUCGUACAGAACCAUUCACUACUCUUCACAUCCAGCUUCAAAGUGGAAGGUUUGAUUGUGCAGAUCGACAAUUCCAUUCCAUCCCUGCUACCUGGCAGGCUCUCAUGGACAAUCCAAAUGAUGUGAAGGAACUUAUUCCUGAAUUCUUCUAUUUCCCAGAGUUCUUGGAAAAUCAAAAUCAAUUUAACCUGGGUCGUCUACAAGUUUCCAAAGAACUAGUAAAUGAUGUCAUUCUCCCCAAAUGGGCUAAGUCAGCUGAAGAUUUCAUCUAUAAACAUAGGAAAGCUCUGGAGUCUGAAUAUGUUUCUGCUCAUCUUCAUGAAUGGAUAGAUCUAAUUUUUGGCUAUAAACAGAGGGGGCCAGCCGCAGUGGAGGCACUCAAUGUUUUCUAUUACUGUAGUUAUGAAGGAGCUGUGGAUUUAGAUGCCUUAACAGAUGAGAAGGAAAGAAAAGCCUUAGAAGGGAUGAUUAAUAAUUUUGGGCAAACUCCUUGUCAACUGUUAAAGGAACCACACCCUCCUAGAUUAUCAGCAGAGGAAGCAAUGCAGAAGCAGACCAAAACCGAGACUUCAACCCUAAACCUAUUUCAACACCUCUCUGAACUCAAGUCAUUUUUUAUAGAGGGAAUUAGUGAUGGUAUUCCACUAAUAAAGGCCAUUGUCCCCAAAAAUCAGCCUCGUUCUUUUAUGUCUCAAGGCAGUCCUGAGUUACUGAUAACAGUGAGCAUGAAUUAUGUUAUUGGAACCCAUGGAUGGCUGCCUUAUGACAGAAACAUUUCUAAUUACUUUACAUUUUUCAAGGAUCAAACUGUGACAAAUCCAAAAACUCAGCGUAGUCUGAAUGGUCCUUUUGCUCCAGGGCUGGAGAUCACUUCUAAGCUAUUUAUAGUGUCACAUGAUUCGAAGUUGCUUUUCAGUGCUGGACACUGGGAUAAUAGCAUUCAAGUGAUGUCACUUACAAAAGGCAAAAUUAUUUCACACAAUAUCAGACAUAUGGAUAUUGUGACUUGUUUAGCUACAGAUUACUGUGGAAUACAUUUGAUUUCUGGUUCUAGAGAUACUACAUGUAUGAUAUGGCAAAUAACACAACAGGGAGGUGUUCCUGUGGGUUUAGCAUCUAAACCCUUUCAGAUUCUUUAUGGACACACUGAUGAGGUAUUGAGUGUCGGCAUCAGCACUGAGCUUGACAUGGCAGUGUCAGGAUCAAGGGAUGGCACUGUGCUUAUACAUACUGUUCAGAAAGGUCAGUACCUGAGGACUUUACGACCACCUUGUGAGAGUUCUCUGCUCCUGACCAUUCCCAAUUUGGCCAUAUCCUGGGAAGGACAUAUUGUCAUCUACUCCAGCAUUGAAGAAAAGACCACCCUCAAGGAUAAGAAUGCAUUGCAUCUGUUUUCUGUAAAUGGAAAGUGUCUAGGAUCUCAACUCCUGAAGGAACAAGUAUCAGAUAUAUGCAUAAUUGGAGAACACAUUGUCAUGGGUAGUUUACAAGGGUUUCUGUCAAUAAGAGAUCUCCACAGUUUGAAUCCCAGCGUCACCCCAUUAUCCAUGAGAAUGCCUAUCCAUUGUGUUUCUGUAACCAAAGAAUAUAGCCAUAUUCUGGUAGGAUUAGAAGAUGGCAAAUUGAUUAUAGUGGGUGUUGGCAAGCCAGCUGAGAUGCGUUCAGGUCAGCUCUCUCGAAAAUUGUGGGGAUCUAGCAAGCGACUCAGCCAGAUUUCAUCUGGAGAAACUGAAUAUAAUACUCAAGAUUCCAACUGAUUGUUAUUUCCAUCUUCUCUCAUGGCUAGACACAUAGCUUGUCC